AUGGACUCAGAAUAUAGUGAAUCAGAAUACGAUCCGAAUGAUGAGCGUUGGGAUGAUUGGGAGGAAGAAGAGGGAGAUCAACAGGACAUUAAAUGUUUAUUUUGUGAUGAAUUAUUCCCUUUGGCGAACAACUUAUUUGGCCAUUGUUCGCGUCAUCACGGAUUUGAUUUUCAAAAAACGCGUACAGAAUUGAAACUCGAUUUUUAUCAAUGCAUUCGCCUGAUAAAUUAUAUUCGCCAGCAGGUUUUGGAAAAAUCCGAAAUUACUAUACCAAAUAUACGAGAGAUCCUCAACGAUGAUGUUUACCUUAAACCAACACUUGAAGGAGAUCCCUUAUUAUAUGGUACCAUACAUAAAGAAUAUGACUUAGUUGUAAUAUUGAUUUUAAUUUAUCAAAGUAUUGACGUCGAUCCUACCACGCCUUUAGAACAUGAACUUUUAAAAAAGCUUCGUCUUUCAGAGGAACGACUUUUUAACACCGAAGUAAGGCUUAAAACCAUUGAAUCACAAUUCGACGAAUAUCGUAGUAUGGUCAAAGAAUCCUUCUUUGACGUUUAUUCCGAUUUAGUAAGCGAACGGUCAACAAAAUCUUUAAAAGGAUCAAGCUGUUAUGAAGAUAGGACAAAUUAUUAUUUUAACUCUUAUGCAAAAAACGAUAUUCACGAAGAAAUGUUAAAAGACCGAAUUCGCACUGAAAGUUACCGAGACUUUAUUUAUGAAAAUAAAGACAUCUUCAAAAACAAGAUUGUACUGGAUGUCGGAUGCGGUACUGGUAUAUUAUCGAUGUUUGCGGCAAAAGCGGGCGCGUCCAAAGUUAUCUCCGUGGAAAAGUCGGAUAUAAUAGAAAGAACUAAAAAAAUUGUCGAAGAGGUGAAUCUUCCUGUACAAAAAGUAGAUAUAAUAAUUUCCGAGUGGAUGGGGUAUUUCUUAUUCUUUGAAGCUAUGUUGGACUCGGUGAUAGCAGCGCGUGAUAAAUGGCUGGCACCAGGCGGCAUUCUUGCGCCCAGUCAUUGUCGUCUUUUAUUAACAGCAAUUGAAGAUGAAGAAUUAUUCAAUGACACUUUUAACUUUUGGAAUGAUGUCUACGGGUUUAAAAUGACGGCCAUGAAAUCUCCCAUAAAAACUUCGGUCAUAGUAGAAUAUGUGAAAUCGCAGGCUAUAAUUACAAAUGUCGUGCCUGUUAAGGAUGUGCCCCUACAUACAAUCCAUAAAGUCCAGUUAGAUUUUACGUCUCCAUUUACCUUGGUGUCCACUCGAGAUGGUUAUAUUCAUGGAUUCUUGGGAUAUUUUGACACAUGGUUUACACGUGACGAUCGUGAAAUUCCAUCAUCUCAGAACAUUGAUGAUAAAAUUGAAGGGGUUUUAAGUUUUACCACAGGCCCCCAAGGUGAAGUUACUCAUUGGAGACAAACCAUUUUUUUCUUGGAGCAUAGCAUAAAAGUUGAAAAAGGUACAAUAAUUAAUGGAACAAUUGAUUGCAAAAAAAGUAUAGAAAACCCGCGUGAUCUUGAUUUCGAGAUUCGUUAUCAAGUAGUGAAUCAAAAGGAGGAAGAUCCAAAACAACGUAUACAAAAGUUUUAUUUGCGAUAA